AUGGCUCGUGGGACAUUAGAGCCAAUCAGCAGCUCGAUUCCAGCUUCAAUCUGUGUUCGUAAAAACAUCUCAGCUGAAGCUGGACAGACGGUCACUCUGCCAUGUCAACAUCCCUUCAACUACACCGUCUUAGUUGUCCAGUGGAGAAGAACCGAUCUUGGAGACGAAUACGUCCUUCUCUAUCGAGACGAGCAGAUCGAUGAAUCCAAUCAGAAUCCUUCUUACUCUGACCGGGUGAACCUGCAGGACAGUCUCAUGGAGGAUAGAGAUGUGUCUUUGCUUCUGGAGGAUGUAAAAACUUACGACAUUGGGAUAUAUGAGUGUAGAGUGGUCCACAUGGGCUCUGAAGAUUUGGAAGAUAGUCUCACAUGCAUCAUUGGGUUGGAUGUUAGUCCUCCUCCUCUUCCUCCACUCCCUCUUCCAGGGGAUGGAAACAAAGAGGAUGGAGGGAACGACGAUGAAGAAUACGAAGAGAAAAAUGAUGAAGGGAACAAGGCUGAAAAGAUCCAGAUGGAAGAGAAUGAGAAAAAAGGAAAUGAAGGAUCCAUUGUUCUGCCAGUUUUCUUUGGGAUGCUCCUCUCCAUUAUAGUUUUUCAGACUAUUAGAGGUUAUUGUGUCGAAAAACACCGAAAGUUAUAACUUUGAAAUCUUGAGCUGGCCCAAUGUAGGCGGGACUUUGCAAUUUUUGGUGCCUCAUAAGAACUUGAAUGGAUCCAUGAACAUACUGUCACCUGGAAGCAGUGGUGGACGAACUACUCAGAUAUUGUACUUGAGGAAAAGUAA